AUGAAAAUCUUCAGCUGCUUAAACAACGCGCCUUGUCGACCGCGGCGGGUGCUCUGCGUAUCGAAGCUGUCCUCUUUGGAGUUCCUGCGGUCUCGGAAUCCCGAUCUGAACGAGGAUCAAAUAUUGUCAAAGUUGAAGGAGCGUGGAAGCGUGGAUCCGCAGGAAAUUCUCACCGAGCAUCAACGACAGAUUGCUUGCGAGCAAAAUCUGGCUGCGGUUCUCAAGAAGCUCGACAUUAACUUUCGCAUCACGAAAAGGAUCGAAGACGCGUGGAAAUUCAUAAACUGGGCGGACCUGGUAGUCCCGAUCGGCGGCGACGGCACGUUUCUGCUAGCCUCGAAGCUAAUUACGGACAAUACGAAGCCGAUGCUCGGCAUCAAUCCGAGCCUCUCGAACGGCAGUAAUUCUUUCACGCUGCCGGCGAAGUACACGACGGACACCGAGAGCAUAUUCGAGCGACUCUAUGCAGGAAGUUACACGCUGCUGAUGCGGAGUCGCAUACGAACGGUGAUGAACGGAGAGGGUCUUUACAGACGACCUUUUCAUAUACGCGAGAAGAGCCGUACGCAAGGAGAGAGGAGAGCCGAGUAUUCAUAGGAGAAUUCAUGGCGGCCAGGCCAAUAACGUUGCACGUCGGAGUUGAAAACCACGCGCCAUAUCAAAUUCGAAGUUCGGGUAUAUGCGUUUGUACGGGCACCGGCUCCCGGUUCUGGUACAAAUCUAUUAACGUACAGUCGGCCGAAACCGUUCGAAGCAUCGUCGAAAUAGCCACCGGCGAUAAAUUAAGCCUCGAGGAAACCAACGAAUUGCUCCACAGAUACCAUCAGGCUCUUCUCUACUCGGCAGCGAUGAAACAGAGUGAAAAAAAAAAAGAAAGGAAAGUAAAAUAUACUCCCGAAUUUGCUGUUCCCGAGGAAACCGUUGAUGCUUUUUCAGAGGAUUUAAACAUGAUAUACAUGAUCCGCGAGAUAUAUCAUACCACGCGUUGCCCGAAGAAGAAGUGCUGCCCGGACAGACAAAAAUGCAGCAAGCUUACUGUGAAAUCCUGUGGCUUUGACGCCGGCCUGGUGAUAGACGGAAGCAUCUCCUUGCCCUUCAACGACGGUGCUAUUGCCACUUUCGACAUCAAGCCCGAGUAUUCCUUGAGAAGCAUCGUGCUCACCUGA